AAACCAUUGCCGCCACAAGCUAAGGCGGCCAUAAAACCAGUAUCGCUGACUCCCUCAGCUAGGGGUUUGAAAGCUCGCAGAUCCCGUCCGGAGCCUGGCCGGUCCUCGCUUUGCUCACCGCCGGUCUCCCCUGGAAGUUGGGGCGCAGGGCCCAGCGGGGGCCGGCAGCAGCCCGCUGCCACGCUCCCCUGCGGGUGCGGGGGCCAGUGGGCAGGGCCGGGUUUUGCCGAGCUCUUCUUUCCUCUGCCAGCGGCGGAUCCAGCUCCAGGGAGUUUCAUUCAGGUCUAGAGGAAGCGGUUCGUGCACUGGAGGCGGCAGCGGCUCCUCGGAGGACUGUCGCUCCACUUCUGCCUUCGGGGUUCGUUAGUCGGCGUCUCCUGGGAAGCUGCCGGGGACGUGUUUGCUGAGGCAGGAGAUAUAGCAGUCAAGAGCAUAUAUCAAAGAGAAGAAUUUCCAUUAUAUCCAGCUGCCAUUCACUUUUUCAUUGCAGAUCCCUGCCUGUCACUGAGCACAAAGACCACGGAAGAGAGACUUCCACAUCCUUUAAUGAGAAGAAAGGAAUCAGCAGAGCAGAUUUAAAUGGACUUGUGUCUGGUGGCCCUUUGCACACAAGCCUGACUUUAAAGAAAGGGAGGAGAGAAAACACAGUAGCAUUUAAUGAACUCUGUGAGAUGAGGUUCUGCUAACGCUCAGAUUCCAAAGCUUCAUCCACUAUUCCUUGUGCUUAAUGUAUAUGUUUCUACAAAGUCCGUUCAGAAGAGCCCAGAAGAGAAUCCAAAACGGCUGCGGGGGAAAGACCACCCAACAUGCCUACAGAGACACUACAGACAGGUAGCAUGGUGAAACCUGUCAGUCCAGCCGUUACGUUCACAUCAGCGGUCCCGCUCCGCAUCUUGAACAAAGGACCAGACUAUUUUCGCAGGCAAGCAGAGCCUAAUCCCAAAAGACUUAGUGCUGUGGAAAGACUAGAAGCUGAUAAGGCAAAAUACGUCAAGAGCCAAGAGGUCAUCAAUGCGAAACAGGAGCCUGUGAAGCCAGCUGUGUUCGCAAAGCCACCUGUCUGCCCUGCUGCAAAGCGAGCCUUGGGCAGCCCUACCCUGAAAGUAUUUAACAACAAUGCAAAGACUGAGAGUGGUGUGCAAAGGGAGAACUUAAAACUUGAGAUACUGAAAAACAUUAUCAAUAGUUCUGAAGGCUCCAGCACAGGUUCAGGUCACAAACACAGUGCCAGAAACUGGCCACCCCACAGGUCGGAUUCAGCAGAACUAAAUCGACACUCGUUUGCAGAAUCCCUAAAGGUUUACCCCACCCAGGGCCGCAGCAGCCCCCAGGAGAGCAACUCAAAUGUUAGCAGAAGGCUGCUUGACCACUCAGCAGAGUCCUUCCUGCAUGUUUCCCAUAGCUCAUCGGACAUUCGGAAAGUGACUAGCGUGAAACCUUUAAAAGCAAUACCUUGCAGUAGUUCAGCACCACCGCUGCCCCCCAAACCCAAGGUUGCUGCCAUUGCCACAAUGAAAUCUCCUGAAAUCGACACAGUAGAAUCCAGUUGUGGUGUCAGCCGGAGACCCUCCCUGCAGCGGUCCAAAUCAGACUUAAGUGACAGAUACUUUCGUGUGGAUGCAGACGUGGAGAGAUUCUUUAACUACUGUGGCUUGGAUCCCGAAGAGCUUGAAAACCUCGGGAUGGAAAACUUUGCAAGGGCUAACUCCGAUAUAAUAUCCCUCAACUUUCGCAGUGCAAGCAUGAUCAGCUCAGACUGUGAACAGUCUCAGGACAGCAACAGCGACCUUAGAAAUGAUGACAGUGCCAAUGACCGCGUGCCAUAUGGCAUUUCCGCAAUCGAGAGAAAUGCCCGAAUCAUCAAGUGGUUGUAUAGCAUCAAGCAAGCAAGAGAGUCACAGAAAGUAUCUCAUGUGUGAGAGAAGGGGGGAAGCAAACUCCCCAUAGUAAGAUGAGGAAGGACCAUGUCUUUGUCUGUGAAUAGUCAGUUGUGAAGGGUUGUGAAGUCUACUUGAAGUUUCGUAAACUUCUCCAAUCUCUUUGUGUUGCCUGUUGUGCAAUGUUUUCAAGUUGCAUGCCUGUCAACAUGUGAACUGACCUGGCUUCCACUUGAACAAUAACCGCAGAGCCUGGCUGAGCAUACAUGUUAUCUGCCAAAAGUUUAAGACCAGAAUCUAGUUAGGGCUUCAUUCUAAUCAGAACUGUUUACAUGAAAAUGGCAUAAUGACUUCUUCAAUAUUUAUGUAGUUGUGUUUUUAUAGCCCACCUUUAUGUGUCUUAAUUAAAAUUUGUCAACCUACAUUGCUGGCUUUUGAGUUGGAAAUAGAAUCUUUUUUAAGUAAUUAUUUUUUUUAAUAAUGCCCACUUAGCCUACAAGUGAAAGAGUAAGAAUGGGGGGGAGGGGAUGAAGUGGAUUUCAUCUCCAAAAUGAUGCAUUGACCUAAGCAAGGUUAAAGGGAUCUAAGUUUCUGGAGGAAUAGAAUGGAAAAAAAAUACUUAUCAAUUUCUGCCUGAAAUUUUCAUGCUAUAUCUUGAAGCUAUAGUCUGGAGGCACAAACCAUUCAGCAUUUCUUUUAAGAGAAAUAAUUUAGCCAAACCUUGAAUUUGAGUCAGUACAAAAAUACCUCUGGGUCUAUAUAGCCUGAUCCCAAGGAAAAAUGAGCCUAUAUACUAGCAGGUAAAAAAAAGUUAGGUGGUGGUGGUUAGAAGGAUAUUUGAUGUGGGGGAGCAACGGGGUGGAGCAGUGUUUUGUUGAUCAUUCAAAGAUUCCCAGUCUUAAACUUUUGACAGGAAUGGCUGGACCCUAAAGCUGAUACUAAAUGCCUUCUUUUUCUCCCUUUAAAAAAUUUAUGAAAUACAUUCUUCCAUAUUUUCUUUUUUUUUCUUUUUUUUUGAGGGGAAGGGUGGGCUUGUGGGGUUAGACCUAUUCGAAGAGUUCAUGAACAAAAAAUGGAAACACACAGCCAUAUUAGCAUAAAGCCUCCUAUUCAAAAGUAAAGAUAUUCAAUAGCUGAACUAUAUCUGAAAAGGUGUGAUUCUGUUGUCUUGCAUAUGUUAUAUCUCAGGCUGUGAACAUCCGUUACAGCUCUAGGAAACUGUAGAGACACAACAGUAUGUAGUUUUUCUUUUUCUUUUCCCUUCUCCUUAUGGUUGUUAGUGCAACACAUUGACCUGUUACUUCCCCACCCCCAAUCCCCUUUCAAGACAAUCUAUGUCUUCCCAAUGAUUUAAUGAACUGUCAUUCAGCAGACAGUUGUGGUGUGGUAGCAAAAAAGUUGAAAGUACAGUGGCCUGCUUCAUCAUUAUCAUAUUCAUGCUUUGAAGUACAUCGCAUCCCUAUCUUAUAUACUUCAUCAGCUAAUAAGAAACUUUUUUAUGGUGUAAAUGCUGUAAGACUUUGUACAUACUUCAGUUGUUAUGAAAUCUUAAAAAAGUGUUAUGCUAAUAAAUUGCUCCUGGUGCAGCCAU